UUAAGUAUCGCGAUAUUACAGCCACAGUCCUUCCACCAUGGCAGGCAGUAAAUUGGUGCUAGAAGGAAGAGUCAGUAUAAAGACAUUUAUUUUAGGGCUCAGCGUGAUUGUAAUCCCAUUAAUCAGAACGUGGUUUGGACAUUUCGACUGGGUCUUUGAUUAUCUGACGGAAACUUCUGGGAAAAUAGUGAUUUGUAUCCAGGUUGCGGUUAUUAACGGCCUAUUGCUAAUCGUGUACAAGGGACCGCUGUACAAGGUGGCUGUGAGGGCCUGCUUUCUGGGAGUGACUUUUGGCUGUGGCUUGAUUAUAAGCUUCUCUGAAACUACUUGGACUCAUUUUGGCUGGUACAUGUGCUCCCUGUCCUUCUUCCAUUACUCUGAGUACCUGGUGACGGCCGUCAUCAACCCUCGCAGCCUGUCGCUGGACUCCUUCCUGCUCAACCACAGCACCGAGUACACGCUGGCGGCGGUCUCCUCAUGGGUGGAGUUCACUAUAGAGAAGCUGACUGUUCCAGAGCUCAAGCAGCUGAACUGGCUGUGCGUCGUGGGCCUGCUCCUGGUGAUGUUCGGCGAUUGCUUGCGUAAGGCGGCCAUGUUGACGGCCGGCUCCAACUUCAACCACAUUGUGCAGAAUGAGAAGGCCCAGAGCCACGUGCUGGUCACCAGUGGGGUGUACUCCUAUUUCAGACACCCCUCCUAUGUGGGCUGGUUCUACUGGAGCACAGGGACACAGAUCAUGCUGUGUAACCCUGUGUGCAUAUUGGGCUACACGUUAGCCAGCUGGCGGUUCUUCCGGGAGCGGAUUGAGGAGGAGGAACUCUCCCUCAUCCAUUUCUUUGCAGAGGACUAUGUGGAAUACAAGAAGAAGGUUCCCACCGGACUGCCUUUCAUCUCAGGCAUCCGCGUCAACUAGUCCCGGGGGCUGGAUGCAGGACACAGCAGACUUAAAGCACUGAGGCAGGUCACACCUGGUGGGUGGGUGGCGAUGGCCACGCGGCCCUCCAGAGGGAAGCCCAGCAGCUGGUUUGCAGCCUUUAGCUCACGGACAAAGAUGGCGACAAACAGCUGGUUUGCUGCUAUCUACCAACUUCCAGACCACACAACCUCCACUGUACUCCACGAAGUCCCACAACACCCACUGCGUCUGUUUGCCUGCUUUCACCAUGCUUAGUGUCUCUGUUGUCUGCUACUUAUGAUAAUCAAUAUUAUGAGGCAGUGGCCUGACUCUUUGUUUUAGGCCCUAGAAAUACAAUGGAUCAGCCUGUAGCGAAAUUCUAUUUCAAAAAGCAGAGUUUCAACCAUCAGAGCAGUUUCCAUGAAUAGUUCUAACCAGUGUAGACUUCAAAUGCUUUGCACUACGAUAUCAUACCCACACU